AUUUAAAAAAAAAAAUAUCCAGCAGCCAAAAUCUGCUGGGGCGAGUUUUGUUUCUCUCUCUCUCUCUCUCUAAUCCAUCGCUCGCGUAAAAGUUGACGAAACUCUCUAAAGGAGGCGCUUAUCUUCGCCGUCGGCGAGGCUAUUUCAUUAGCUGGAGGAUGAACGAAGUUAGUGAUCAAAAGGCAAAGCCUGAUGGAGAUGAAAAGCUUGUCUAUGAAGGAUCUGCUGCUCGAACAAGGGCUACAAGCGUUGAGGAGAUUAUGCUAAGGAGGAAGAGGAAAGAUUCCUUGGAAAAUUUAGGAGCUCAGUUACUGGGUAACGAUCUUGUUGAGAAGGCUUCUGACUAUCAUGAGUCUGGAAAAGGGUAUGAUAAAUCGAAGGAAGUGAGUCGUGAAGAAGGAGUUGAGAACAGUUUAAGAAAGAAAGAAGAUGCCAUUUCUAAUUCCACAGAGGAAAGACAAGAUAAAUCGAGGAAAGAAGACUCUUUGGGAGCAGUUCAGUUAGUCGGUAACAAUCUUGUUGAGAAGGUUUCUGACUAUCAUGAGUCUGAAAAAGGGAAUGAUAGAUCGGAGAAACCGAGGCAUGGAGAGCUUGUUAAUGACAGUUCAAGAAAUAAAGAAGAGGCCAUUUCUAGUUCUAAAGAUGAAAAAUUAGAUAAAGAGGGCACUGUUGGAGCAGCUACGCUACUGGGUAACGAUCUUGGUGAGAAGGUUUCUGACGAUCAUGCCUCUGAGAAAGGGAAUGAUAAGUCCAAGAAAGUAAGGCAUGAAGAUCGUGGCAAGGACAGCUCAAGAAAGAAAGAAGAUGCCACUUCUAGUUCUAAGAAUGAAGGACCAGAUAAACCGAGGAAAGAUGACCAUGUUGAAGCAGCUCAGUUACUGGGUAAUGAUCUUGUUGAGAAGGUGUCGGACUGUCGUGCGUCUGACAAAGAGCUUGAAAAAUCCAAGAAAGUGAGUUGUGAAAGUGUUAAGGACAGCUCAAGAAAGAAAGAAGAAGCUACUUCUAGAUCUAGGGAAGAAAGACUAGAUAAACCAAUGACAAAGGACCCCGUUGAUAAAGUUUCUGACUACCGUGCGUCCGGAAGAGAGCAUGACAGAUCCAAGAAAUUAAGACCUGAAGAACGCAUUAAGGACAGUUCAAAAAAGAAAGAAGACACCAUUUCUAGCUCUAGAGAAGAAAAAUCGAUGAAAGACGAUCCUGUAGGAGCAGCUCAAUUACUGAGUAACGAUCUUGUUGAGAAGGUUUCUGACUAUCAUGAGUCUAAAAGAGGGUAUCAUAGAUCUGAGAAACUGAGGCGUGAAGAAGAUGAUAAGGACAGGUUAAGAAAGAAGGUGGACGCCAAUUCUAGUUGUAGAGAAGAAAAACUAGAUAAACCAACAAAAGAGGAGGAGCCUGCUGGGCAUAGAAAACGGAAGGCAGAAGGAGAGGGUUCUAGAACCAAAGAAAAAAUAGUGGAAGAACAUAGUAAGGAUAGACGAAUAAAGAAAGAAGAAACUAAUUCUAGUUUUAGGGAGGAAAGACCAGAUAAAAAGAUGAAGAAGGAAGACCUUGCUGCAAACAGAAAAAUAAGGGUUGAAGGAGAAUUUCCUACAACUGAAACGAAAACAAGGGCAUAUAGAGAUGGGCGUGGUGUGGAUACCAGAAUGAAGGCAAACAGAGAAAGACCUGCUGAAAAACAGAUUCAUCCACAGGAUGCAGGCCGGGAACAAGGAAGAAAUGCUCUUGAAAAUUCAGCUAGUAGUAGGAAGCGUCUUAGAAGUCUAGUGGUGGCAGAUAUACCUCGAAAUGGAUGCUGUCUGCUGCAUCUCCUUGGAUGGCUGCUCCUUUGCGGGUUCGAACCUCAAAUUCGACGCCCUAAAGACUAUGUCGAGACAACAAUACGCAGAUUACCUUUGCAUAAAGCUAUCAUUAAUGAGAUGUGGAGCCCUAACAAGAGCGGUGAAUUGGAAAAAAAGGAGCCAGCCACAAAUGCACUAAGUGACAAUGUGGAGGACUCAUCGAACAAGAUCUUUAUUGGUGGAUUUCCAAAAGCAAUUUCAUCCGAAAUGCUAAAGGAGAUUGUCAGUGUCUUUGGACCUUUAAAAGCAUACCGGUUCGUGAUCAACAAUGAUCUCAAUCAGCGAUGCGCUUUCCUAGAGUACAUUGAUGGAUCUGUUACCCUCAAAGCUUGUGCCGGCCUUAAUGGUAUGAAGUUAGGUGGCAGUGUAAUAACUGCCGUUUGUGCACUUCCUGAUUCGUCAUCUGUAGCGUCUGAUGAGAAUCCACCAUUCUAUGGGAUACCUGAGCAUGCAAAACCACUUCUUGGCAAACCUAAGCAUAUCCUAAAGCUUAAGAACUUGGUUGACCCAGAAGAUCUGCCAUUGCUGUCUGUGCCAGAAAUGAAAGAAAUUCUGGAGGAUGUACGGCUCGAAUGUGCCAGGUUUGGUGUUAUUAAGUCGAUAAACAUCGUGAAACAUGAGAGCAAAGAUAUUAGUGGCUCAAACACAGAUGCAUCGUUGAACCAAGAAUCUAAAGAAAUGAAUGUGUCAGUGAUUCAGGAGAAAGACGAGAUAUCCGAGAAAGUGGAUGACACUGCAGAUAAUGUAGAUUCUGGAGAAGUUGUCAGGUCAGACAGUUCGACGGGUGCAGACAAGUUUUGUGAACCGUGCUCAGUUACUGCGCUUGAGACAGUCAGUCAAGCAAAUGAAGAUCAUGACUCUACCGAACAAGGAAAUUCUGAGAAGCUUGUCGGGGAAAGUGAGGCAGCGAUUCCGCAAGAAGAAGUAGGAUCAGCCCGUGCUCAGGAUGAGCCAGAGAUUCCGCAAGAAGAAGUAGAAUCAGUCCGUGCACAAGACGAGCCAGAGAAUCCGCAAGAAGUAGGAUCAGCACGUGCUGUCAAGACAAGAUGGGAUAGUGGCGACAAGAUAGAGGAAGAACAAGACCCGGAGGAUGUCUUUGAGCCGGGAUGUAUCUUCAUUGAGUACGGAAGACCAGAAGCCACACGCGUUGCAGCUCAUUCCUUGCACGGACGGCUCUACGACAGCAGGAUUGUGAAAGCGGAAUACGUUUCUAAAGAGCUUUACAAAAUCAGGUUCCCAAGUGGGUAGAUAAAGAAUCCUCCCCACAAGAAAAUGACUAGUAAUCUGAUUCUUCUUUAUUUUGGCAACAUACAUACCGUUUCAAACCGAGGUCAGAGACACUUACCGUUUGAAUUUCUUAACUCUUAUUGUGUCAACUUUAGAGUUAUUUUAAAGCAUAUAAAAAUUGAAAACACUUGAAGAAAUCUCUUUAUAAUAGUUUAAGAUUUUGAUCA